AUGUCUGCACGAGGCCCAUCAAUCGCCCCAAGAGCUGCGUUGGCACCACUGCCCCAAGGCGGAGCUUCUUCACCGGAAUCAUCCUCUCCAGGUGCCACUGUUACGUCUAUUGUAACCCUGAGGGAAUGGGUUCUCCCUCCACGUCCCAAACCGGGUAGAAAACCCAGCGUGGACACGCCAGCAUCAAAGAGAAAAGCUCAAAACAGAGCAGCACAACGGGCCUUCCGUGAGCGUAGAGCAACGAGGGUUCAGGAGUUAGAGCAGAAGUUGCUCGAAGUUGAGAAGGAAAAGGAGAUCAAAGAGAUGGGCUUGGUUAACACCAUCAAUAAGUUGAAGUUUGAGAACCAGUUUUUGACCAAGUCUUUGGACCAGCUCCGUGGCGAGUUCCAAUCUUUCCGCAAUACCUUGACUGGUGGUGCCUCUGCACGCUCAGACUCUACCCCAAAUGCUACUUCGGUGCCUAUGUCGUACACUUCUGAAACAACAAAUCCAUAUAAAUCUGAGAUUAGUCAGAGUGCACAGCAUUUGCUCAACUUUGCGAAAUCUCUGCCUAUGAACCACUCAGUGGGCUCUCCAGCACUGCUGCAAUACUCCGUACAACAAAUUCUGCCUGCCCCUUCCACAGAUUCGCCUCCUGCGGUGCCAAUGUUCCGCCCAGUGUUGAACCAAUCUCGUCCUUCUCAAAUCACUCCUCUUUCACAGAACACAUCGCCAGAGAAGCGCCACGCACAUAACUCUAAUGAUGAUUUCGACUGUGGUGUUUGCCUCAAGGAGCAGUGUCUCUGUGAAGACGUUGGAUUGAAGUCUCUGAACAAGUCACUCGAAGAGACAAUCAACACUUUCACUCCUAUGGCGGCUGUAUCCUUGCGUGGUAAGCGCAAGAGUACCAUCAGUGAAAUUGACUUCACUGCCGAAUUUUCUUUUAAGAAGAUGCCAGAUCUCAAGAGAUUACGCAAGGAUUCACUGGAACGUUCCAAUAAGAAGGAGCCAGAAUCCUCCAGUUCUGCUUUCAACGAAGAUUCUCCAGUGGAGAAUUGUGGUUUUUGUUCGGAUGACACUCCGUGUGUGUGCCGUGAGGCUGCUAAGGAGGCUGCUCGUUUAAACGCUUCAUUGAAGCCAAAAGAGGAAGAAGAGGAGCAUAACGAGGCCGGCCCUACACUGCUUCCUCCAAUUCAGGUGUCGUCCUCAACCAUGCGCAAGUCAUCCUUGCCUGUUAUGCACCCCGGUCCUACACUUGAGAUCCGUGAGUUUGCCAAUAUGUCUGGAACUGUGCCAACUGUGGUUGCCCAAGGCGAAGAGGAGACCGCAACACCAGCAGAAGAGGAGAAGUCUGGUUGCACAGGUAAUCCUGGAACAUGUAACCAGUGCCAAAUGGACCCAGUGUCUACUCUAUUUUGCAGCACUGUGGCUAGCAAGGCAGCAAGAGAGAAAGAAUCGCAAGAUAAAGAGUUGGAGAAGAUCCCUGAAGAGCAAAUUAAGGUGGAGUCUCCAGGAACUGAUGCACACAUAUCAACGACGUCGGAGCUCCCGAGUAGAGCAGGUCUGACGAAUCCUUCUACACCUCUUCCAUCAACACCUGGUGGAAGCACAUCGGGCAUUUUCAUUCCAUGCGCAGAUGCUUACAAGACGCUAUCGCGUCACAAGCGAUUCAAUUUGGUAGAUUUUUCAUCUCUUGUGGGACGGUUGACCACGCGAGGUAUGCUUGUGGAGGUUCAAUCGGUUGCCAAUGUCAUUCGGGAGUUGGACAGAAAAGUUUACGAUUAG